AUGAAAGUUCUGCGGUUCAAUCAGGACGCUUCCUGCUGUGUGGUAAGUGCGGCCGCUCAUCAAGUGAAUAUUUACAACUGUGAUCCCUUUGGAAAAUGCUUUGAAUUGAAUGAUAGGACUGAGAACGAUGGUCACGAAACCUCAGCACAGUACGAUACGGCCAAGCAGCGAUCAAUUCCAACAGUAGACAGGGGAUUCAUCAUAGAGAUGCUGUUUUCAACCAGCCUUGUUGCUAUCGCAGAUAGGAGCCGAGGCUCAUCGAACGGUAGGAAACUAAAGAUUGUAAAUACCAAGAGGAAUUCCACUAUAUGUGAGUUAUCCUUUCCGCAUGAGAUCGUCGAUGUGGUCAUGAACCGAAAGAGGAUGUGCAUUUUACUGGAGAGCGAUCAGAUAUACGUCUAUGAUAUUUCAUGUAUGAAGCCUUUGGAAACGAUUGAUCUAUGGGAAGACCACUUCAAAAAAGCUGUCAAGGAAAGCAGGAAGCCAUCAGCGGGCAGAGUCCUGAACGAUGCCAGUCGAAGGAGGAAUUCGUGGGGACACAGAAUGAGGCCUCGAAUGGCACUAAGUGGUGAUGACAGAAGCAUCUUGUGCUACACAUCAUACAGCGCAACGAAAAGCAAUCCUGAAUCGUAUCUUUUGCAUGACGUUGUUGUGUAUGACGCCCUUAAUGUUGCUCCCGUUAAUUACCUGAACUCAAUUCACAAGGGAAAUAUCUCUUCAUUGGCAGUGAGCCAUGACGGAAAACUGAUAGCGACAGCGUCGGACAAAGGUACGAUUAUCAGAGUAGUUGCAACAGGGGUGGAUUCCGAGUACGAUUCUACGAGGCCGUUGCUACAUGAAUUUAGGAGAGGCUCGAGACCUUGCAAUCUGUACCAGCUGGUUUUCAACAGAAACACCACGCUACUUGCAUGUGUUGGAGAUACUGAUACGAUUCAUAUUUUUGGCUUGAACAGCACAGACGGCAACGGGAUCCCAAAUGAGGGCGGAGAAGACGAGCGUUUGCUUGCCAAUAGCAACUCAGAUACUCUGCGUGACGUUGUAGGUUCUGGCGAAUCACCCAAGCAAUUGGCAACCUUCUUAUCAAGACAUUUGAAGGCUUCCAUCCCGAAUCAGCACCUGCGUCGCGAUUCUGCACAUAUCAAAGUCCGCGUUGAUUACGACUACUGCGUAGGCUUCCCAGAAGAAUUCCCGAACCAAGUCUACGUCGCUUCCAGUGACGGGACGUUUAAAGUUUACACAAUACCAUCAACCCCGGGCGAGUGUGUCCUGAGUAAAACGAGUUCCUUUACUUAA